AUGUUUGCAGACACCUCUUCGAUAGCCGGCUACACGAUCUUCCGGGAAGAUCCCAACGACGCCGCUCCAGACGUAUCCUCUCAGUCUUCAUCACAUCCUCUGGAUCAGCUAUCGAUUGAAGAGAUUCAGCGCGCUGCUAAACUCAUCAAAAUCCAUGCUGGCACCAAGGCCCUCAAGUUCAACUGUCUGACUCUGCGCGAACCCAAGAAGAAUGAGUACGCUGCCUUCAAGUCCGGCAACGGUCCUCGUCCGGACCGCCGCGCCUUCGCCAUCGUCAUCGAAAAGGGCACUUCGCAGGUCUCCGAGGUCGUCGUCAACCUGAAGACCUCCAAGGUCGAGCUCUGGAAGGAUAUCUUCGACGCCGCCCCCACCCUCACCUUGGAGGACCUCGACAUCUGCGAGUCCGUCACCCGACAGGAUCCUCGCGUCAUCCAGGCUUGCCGCGAAAUCGGUAUCUACGAUAUGUCGAAGGUCUUCAUUGACGCGUGGGCCAUUGGAUUCGAUCACCGCUGGGGCACUGAUCGCCGUCUUCAGCAGGGAAUCGUUUACUAUCGCAAUUCCCCUGAUGAUAACCAGUACGCCCACCCGCUUGACUUCUCAGUCGUCGUCGAUACCGAAAAGGCUGAAGUCCUGGCUGUCGAUAUCCGACUCGUGAAUGGCCAGCGGACCAAGGUCCCUCUGGAGGAGCAUAACUAUUUGCCCGAAUUCAUCGGCAAGGGUUACCAGAACAAGCUCAAGCCCAUCGAUAUCACUCAGCCCCAGGGUGUCUCGUUCCAAGUUCAUGGCAGCGAGCUGUUCUGGGCGGGACUGAAGAUGCAUGUUGGCUUCAACUACCGCGAGGGUAUUGUUCUUUCUGACGUCCGCAUUGACGACGAAGGGCGUGAGCGGAACCUGUUCAACCGCAUCAGCGUGGUCGAGAUGGUCGUUCCCUACGGAAACCCUGACCCUCCACACCACCGCAAGCACGCCUUCGACGUGGGCGAGUAUGGUACGGGCUUCAUGACCAACUCCCUUAAGCUUGGUUGUGAUUGCAAGGGCGUCAUCCACUACAUGGACGCCAUUAUGGCUGUGGGUACGGGAGAGGCAGCUAUCGUGAAGAAUGCCAUCUGUAUCCAUGAAGAAGACAACGGGCUUCUGUACAAGCAUACCGACUACCGUGACGGUACCGUUAUUUCCGCCCGCGACCGCAAGCUCAUCAUUUCCCAAAUCAUCACCGCUGCGAACUAUGAGUACUGCUUCUACCACACGUUCCUCCUGGACGGUACCUACAAGCUGGAAAUCAAACUUACGGGCAUGCUCAAUACCUAUUGCAUGCACCCCAGCGAGACCGCGGCACCGUUCGGCACGGAGGUGGCCCCGGCCAUCAACGCUCACAACCAUCAGCACAUCUUUUCCCUCCGCGUCGAUCCCGAGAUUGAUGGUCCGGGCAAUACUGUUGUGCAGAAUGACGCUGUCACCGCGGAUGAUCCCCUCGGCUCUUCUGGAAAUCUGUACGGCAACGGCUUCUACUGCAAGAAGACGCCCAUCCAGACUGCCUCUGGCCAUGAGUACAAGCACGAGACAGGCCGCUCUUGGGACAUCAUCAACCCCAGCAUCAUGAACCCCGUGGCGAAGAAGCCAGUCGCCUACAAGAUCCUCAACAACAAUUGCCCUGCCCUCCUCGCCAAGCCGGGAAGCAUGAUCUGGAAGCGUGCCGCCUUCGCCCGCAAGGCGCUGUGGGUUACCCCGUACAAGGACUAUGAACUGUUCCCCGCGGGUGACUAUGUGUGUCAGUCGAGCGGCGAAGAGGGGCACCCCUACAACGAGACCGUCGUCGACUGGGUGAACAGGAACGAGUCGGUUGAGAACACCGAUGUCGUCUGCUAUGUGCAGUUCGGCCUGACGCACUUCCCGCGCACUGAGGAUUUCCCCGUGAUGCCGGCCGAGCCCGUCGGCGUCAUGAUCAGGGCGUCCAACUUCUUCAAGAAGAACCCGGCGCUUUGGGUGCCUCCUUCGGUUGUGGCUGUCGACAAGACUUCCAAGAAUGCGUUCGCGAAGUCUGAGGCCGCUGAGUCUUGCUGCGGCAGCAGGGACAGCAAACUGUAG